AUGGGCGACGAGAAAUAUGAUUAUCAAGCCCAACCCAUCCCCUCCUAUGAAGAAGCCACCGGUCAGCCCUCCUCUUCUCGAUCAGACCUCGGCGACGGAACAGAUGUAGAACGACAGGGGCUGCUCGGUCGAGACCAUGCCGCUACACGAGGCUAUCACCCGCCGACGGUGGAAUCCGCGCGCUCCAGUCUCGAUGACUUAGAUUCCGCGGCCUCACACUCAGAUCGGGGAUCAACCGAGGAGUUGAGACGGGAACUGGAGCAAAUGGAUGUAGAUGACUCCGCGUCGUCCUCCUUGACGGGCCGCUCCCGUCUAGGCCAUCGGUUCUCCAAACAGCUAUCGAGUCUGACCCGCACGUUAUCGGCCAUCCAACGACCAUUUCAACGAUAUAUGCCCAGCUUCCGCUUCUCGAUCAACCUGGGCGAUGCCCGCGCCCGCUUCAAGGAUCAGGGCUGUAUCAUGAUGCUACGGCUUUUCGCUCUUUUACUCGUAGUCGCCCUGGUCUAUGUGUUCUUCAUCGCAGACAUCUUCAACAUCAACAGCCGCAUGGUCAUGGGUCAGUCAUAUAGUUCGGCAUCGGUGGAGAACUUUGUGCAGGGUCAUAUCAACGAAACGAACAUCGCCGAGAACUUGCGCCGCGUCACCAACUACACCCAUGUGGCCGGAACGGAAGGCAGCUUCGUGCUAUCACAAUGGAUUGAACAGGAAUUCCACAAAGCUGGGUUCGAUGAAGUCUCGCGUGAGGAGUUCCAGGUGUAUCUCAACUAUCCACGCCAGGAUGGCAGGAGGGUGGCUAUUAUCGACCCGCCUAAUCUCGCUUGGGAGGCCAAACUCGAGGAGGACAACGCCAAAGAUCUCGUUUUCCAUGGACAUUCCAAGUCAGGCAAUGUCACUGGGCCCCUGAUAUACGCCAAUUUUGGAUCUCGUGAUGAUUUCAAGGCUCUUGCCGAGAAAGGAAUCGACUUAAAGGGCUCCAUCGCGCUAGUCCGUUAUUACGGGACUGAAACAGAUCGCGCUUUGAAAAUUAAGGCAGCGGAGUUGGCUGGCGCGGCGGGUUGCAUUAUCUACUCGGAUCCCUCAGAGGAUGGAUUCGUCAAGGGUCCCGCUUAUCCCGAAGGCCGCUACAUGCCCAGUGAUGGUGUCCAGAGAGGCGGUGUCAGCAUGAUGUCGCAGGUUGUUGGAGAUGUUCUCAGUCCUGGAUUCGCAUCCACCCCGGGAGAAAAACAUCGUUUGGCCCCUGAGGAAAGCACUGGGUUACCUAAGAUUCCCAGUCUUCCACUUGCCUGGCGCGAUGCCCAGCACCUCUUGCAGGGGCUGAAGGGACAUGGUUCGAAAGUGCCAAAGGAGUGGGUUGGAGGCGUACCUGAAGUCUCAGAAUGGUGGACUGGAGAUCAAAAUUCUCCCACUGUUCAUCUGAUGAACUUGCAGGAUGAAGUCGAGCGACAGCCUAUCUACAAUAUCCAUGGAAGAAUUCUCGGUAUGGAUGAACGCGAUAAAAAGAUCAUCGUUGGCAAUCACCGUGACUCGUGGUGUAUGGGCAGCGUUGACCCCGGAAGUGGAACUGCUGCUUUCCUGGAGGUCGUGCGUGCCUUUGGUGAAUUGCUCACCUAUGGAUGGCGACCGCUCCGUACCAUCGAAUUUGUCAGCUGGGAUGCAGAAGAAUAUAAUCUCAUCGGCUCAACAGAGCAUGUCGAGAAUGAGAUAGAGGAACUCCGUGCCAAUGCAUUCGCAUACUUGAAUGUUGACGUCGGUGUUUCUGGCUCCAAGUUCCGUGUCUCGGCAUCCCCAGUUUUUGAACGCACUGUGAUGCAGGUUCUCGGUCGUCUUUCAGAUCCUUAUGCAAAUGCAACACUCAAAGAUCUCUGGGAGAAACGAGGCACAAAAAUUGAGCCACUUGGUGCGGGCAGUGACUAUGUUGCAUUCCAAGACAUUGCAGGUACCUCAAGCAUCGAUUUCGGGUUCGAAGGUGAACCUUUUCCAUACCACAGUUGCUACGAGUCCUACGAUUGGAUGGUUCAAAAUGCUGACCCUGACUUCCAAUACCACAAAAUUCUGGCUCAGUUCUGGGGUCUUCUUCUGCUUGACCUUGCAGAAAACCCCAUGCUACCAUUCGACGUGGAGGCCUAUGGUACCUCGGUGACUGGAUGGGUGAAGGACUUGGAUGAAUUUGCCAAAUCAAAGAAGGCCGAGGUCAACAUGGAACCCAUGUUCAAGGCGGCGGCUGAACUUCAGGCCAACACUGCUCGCUUCCAGUCCUGGAACAAAAUCUGGCACGACACUGUAUGGGGCCUGGGUGGAUAUGAAAGCAAUGUCAUGGCUGUCCAACGAGUGAACCACAAUGCCCGAAUGGCCAGUCUUGACACCAACCUGCUUGACCUAGAAGAGGGUGGCGGUGUCCCUAACCGCACACAAUUCCGACACGUCAUCUUCGGUCCAGAGCUUUGGUCCGGCUACGACGCAGCCCUCUUCCCUGCGAUUGUAGAUAGCAUCAACACUGGAAAUUGGACCCUGACCCAAUACUGGAUCGACCGGGUUGCCAACAUCAUCCACACAGCCAGCGACAAGCUGCUCCACUAA